CUCCUGUACCCGUUAUCGCCCUUCAUGCGCUGGCAGCAUACUCUGGCCCUGCCUCUUUACGCGUCCAGCAUUGUGCUGGGAGUCUGUGCCCAUGAGCAGGUACCAUUGGCACCUAUCCCUGACUCCCGAUAUGAUACCCAGCACUUAAGGCCGUGGGACGAGCGGCCUAGCAAAGAUGCCACGGGAAACCUCAUUUUCCAGUCGUUGGCCUCACUGCUGCAGCUCGCACCGAACUCUAAAUAUAUUAACGGUCAUGCGAUUAUCCGUGCCAGUAUCCCUCCGGGUACUCUCCUCUAUCAUGGGCGUCACACAAAAGAGCCGCCGACGAGGGACUGGAUUGCAUUCGACCCGGAACACUCUCAGGUCUUUACAGGAGGCUUGAACAGCACACUCUUCACGUAUAGCGCCACGCGUGAACUCAACUUACUCUUCUUCGACGGUGCUAGUGGGAACAAGUUCGGUGGGACUGUCGAUACACAAGACGUCCUCUUCUGGGGCGAAGUGAACUAUGAUGCCCAUGAUAAAUGGUUCGGCGAAGAGGCGCGCUUCCGCAAAAUGUGCGAAUGGGGCAAGCAGUACGGCCUUGAUGGAAUUGUCAGGAUGCAGAUCGACUUCGAGCUCAUGUACUGCAACAUCUCGGAUGGGCUGGAGUUGGUCUCCGCCCACUCGCUAGUCGCCAACGAUGGAUUCAAGUUCGUCGCUGUUGUCUCUGACAAUGUCACGGCGACGUAUUCUUCCGCGCACAUGGCUCCGUUGCCCACAGCUCUGCCGCCGUUGCAUCGCGAGCCCAUGGUACCACCAGCAGGCUGGAAAGGUAGUUUGCCUUCAAGCUUCGCUGAGGUCAGACAUACAGGUACCUGGCACAACUCGGGCGAGGUGCGCAUCCGAGUCGACCCAUCGACCAUGGUCUCGUUCUACGAUCCGGCCCUCACAUCCCUCGUCGAAUCGCGCCGCUCGUCCAAACGCCCAGAAUAUCGGCUGAUGGGCAUAUCGAAAGAGGAUGUCGCGCGUGUGCAGGCGGACGUCACGGAGAUGCUGGCUCGGGACCCAGCCGGCAAGAGUGGUGUGGAUUGGCAAGGCCUUGCGCGUGUCAUCCAGGAUCGGUUCUUCGACCGGCUGCCGUUCGUGCGCCACCUCCUUCAUCAACCCUACAGCAAUGCGUCCGAGCAUGUACUGGCCAUACGCAGACAACUCCUCGUGUCGCUCCUCCCUUACAUGCACCGCGAGCAUGUCGGCACCCCGGAGUGGUAUGCGCAGAUGGCUGAGGAGUGCGCGACGCAGUACACGGCGCGUCUCCCGCUGUCGAAGUUCACAAAGCAGGAGCGUGUCCUGUACAAUGCGACGAAGGAGGUACUGCACGAGAUCUGCCGCGUAUACACGGAGGCUUGGAGGGGUGCGUUUGACGUCGAAGAACAGAGUGUGGAGGUCGUAUCACGCCUCCUGGUGGAAUGGAGAGGAGAGUUCGACGCUCUGAUCAAAUGGCUAGAUUGGCCAGCGUGGAUGAAGUGCGAUCCUGCCUGCGGCGUAGACGAAUUCUGUUUCUGGCCGCAAGGUGCUAUUUGGGAAUCGGAUUCCGACCGUCAACCCCAAUGUCUGCCUUUGAACAAAGACACGUUGUGAUGGGCGAUCCAUGACUAGAGCGAUCCAUCCCUUGUGUUUGUGAAAACGUAGACUUCCGGUGCCCUCAGGUUGCAAUGACCCCUCUGUUUCCCUGCGCGAGAUUACUCACGGCCAAAUUGCGGCCAAACGCAUGUUAUCGAACUACUUGCGCAGACAUCAUGAGUCAGGAAGAGCCCAUGUGCUGUCGAUAUCAUGUGAAGUUGCAUAACAUCCAGCUACAGCUGCCGAUGUUAUAUAGUACGUGUGUCAUUGUUCGAGCUCACUGGCAUGCCUCGUGAACAACUCUCCUCCUGUACGCACUAAUACUUGGAAGGUCAUUGAGGCCGAGGCGUUCCCUGACGACGUGAUUGCGUUGAACCACUCCAGAUAGAAU